GCUCGUACUCUACUUCAUUACAAACAAUCAUGGCGUCGUUCACGGACGUUACGAGUGUCUCCAAUUCUGCCGCUUCUGGUGAACAGGGAGAGAGAAAAAACCCGGCCGUGUCUUUUGGUUUCACUAAAACUGUUAACAAAUUCAAACCUUCUACUGUCGACGCCGCGAUAAAGAACGACGAAAGGGAUUAUUUGACUGGAAUUGACAGAAAUGAAUUGCAAAGGUAGGCUCCGCAUGCUAAUGCUAACUGUCGCUAACGUUUACGGUUAACAGCCAGUAAAUGUAGAAUUGUAGACUUGUAGAGUGAAUGUGCUCUUAAUGAAGAUGGUGUGUUUGUAUGCUGAAUUGAAUUAAAAAGGUCAAUCAUGUUUGGCAUUGAUAUCUUGCUGACUUUCCUCCAUCCUACAGUACCAAACCAUCUCAGAAGCCCAAAGAGCUGAUCAUCCCUCUGAUCCAGAAGAACCGUUGGUACAAAACCGAGAAGGGGGAUGAGAGUGAGGAGAGAGGAGGAAAAACCCAAGAACCGGUCCAGGAAAAUGACUCUGUGGAUUCUCAGGCUGUCAAAGAGCUCAUUGAAGGUGCUGAGGAAACUUCACUGACCAGACACAACAUCAGAAACACCUGGACAAUCUAAUAUACAGUCUAUGGUUUUUACUGUGUACAUGACAGAGGAAUAUUUGAUAUAUACUACUAUGAGUGAUAAUACAUAGUUCAUGUUAUAUCUACAUUUCUUGCUUAUAGACUCUAGGAGGCAGCUGGACGAGUGGCAGAAUGGCCCUCAGUCUGAGAGACAGCUGAACCUCAGCAUCCCACUGUUGAUGCAAAACAAAGUGCCAGAUGGCUUUGAGGACGGGGACCAGGUGAAGGUGGAUCUACGACCUGAAUCUGUAAGUAGGAAUUUAUCUAGAUAUAUUAUUCUGUGGCAAAGAUGAACAACUGAGAGUGUUUUACUUAACUCUUCUUGAUUUAAAUGUGAUGCUCUCUUCACUCAACACAAGCAUUCCCCUGUAUUUGAAAGUGUUUGAAAGGGAUAUUCUGGCAUAAAAUUAAGUUAGAUGCCACUCUAUAGCCACAAAUAAUGCUCAGAACAGCACCUAACUUCAUCAACAGUACAUAUAAGGUCCCAGCCAUAGCACUAGCCAAAAUCUUUUUAACUUUGCCUAAUUUCUUUAGCAAAGAGACUAAACACAACUCACCCACUCUCUUCCAGCAGCCGCUUGUUUGUAACAAGUCCUCAGACCAGUCCAUUAUAGACUGCUGCGGGGUUACGCAGCUCAAGGAAGAACAUUUAUGAUCAGGAAUAUUCCUUUAAUGUAGUCUCAUAUUAGAUUUUUUCCAGUGCACGUACCUUUAAAUUCAAGCCAUAAUACGUCCACCUGAACAAUAAUUUUAAAAAGGAAUAAAUAGAUUAAACUGAUCACUUUGUCAGUUAACUCAUGCUUUCACCUAAGCUCUCUACUGCUGGUGGUCUUGGUUUGCUGCAUUUGUAAGAUGUGAUUUUCGAUAAGGAGACGGCUCUCAGGAUUCAAUCAAUCAAUCAAUCAAUCAGUCUUUAUUUAUAUAGCACUUUUCAUACACAAACAUGUAGUGCAACGUGCUUUACACAGUAACAAAGAAUACCCAAAUCAACCCCAGCCCAACCCCUCAUUCCCACUCCACGAUCUAAAUGCAUCAGAAACAGUAUUAAAAUGCAGAAACUCAAAAAGGGCUUUUUGAAACAGGAGUGUGCGCACUGAGGAAACGCGAUUCUAAAACUCAGAAUUACAUUGGAGGUCUAGGCUAAAAUCUAAAAACAAAGUGACAUAGAAUGAAAUUUAAGAAAUGAUAAAUAAAAACAAGAGUAAAAGAUACUAAAAUAAGAGCACUAGAAGAGCUCAAUAAAAGACGAUCCUGUCAUUAAAACUAGAAAGAGAUAAAUGCUAAAACACAGUUAAUGAUAUAAAAUUUAGUUAAAAGGAAGACUAAAACGGUACGUUUUCAGUUUGGUUUUAAAGUCAUUAAGAUUAGGUUCAGUUCUCAGGGCUUCAGGUAAGCUGUUCCAUUGACGGGUUCAGGUUGGACGUAAAAAUCCUAAUACAGUCUGCUAGAGAUGCAUUUCAGUAAACAUAUGAAAAUGCCGAAGUGUACUAGAUGUCUGGUCGACUGGCUGCUUUGACUCAGAUUGAAAUUUGAGUGUGUGAAAGUGCUGACUGUCAGCCGGCAGAGCAGCACCCAUGUGUGUUUCCUCAAACGUGCGCAUGCGUGUGUUUACGAUUCAGAAAGGUUAUGGUGGCAGACAGGCGUCAACAUUCUCCCCAGAGACAUGCGAGGCAACCAAUCAGACGGCUUUCCUGUUUCUUUUCAUCAGAUACCUCUUGCCCCCCUGUCACUGUCAUCCCAUAUCUGCUCUCAGUCACUGUAGAUGAGUCUGUCAGAGCAGGAGAGUCAGGGGGAAACUGGCUCCAUGUGCCCUGAGCUCAUUUCAAUGCACUGUCCUCUGCUCCCAGCCUCCCUUAGAGGGAAGCCUUCAGCAGAGACAGAGAUGAGCAGAGCUGCUGCUGCUCUCAUGAAGGUCUCUGUGUGUCUACUGCCUGGUGACUUUAGUCAGCCCGGGAUGACUCCGACAGCCCGGAGCCAAAAGGCUGAGUAAGACCAGCAUCAUAAACUGCUGCUCUGUCCAUGGCCCGCAGUUCUAGAGGUCAAAGAUUACAUAAGCACCUCAUUUAGCCCUGGCUCGUUUUUGUUGAUGAGUUGUGCAGUUUCAGUGUUUUUGGUUGUUUGAGUAUUCGGUGUGUUUUCUGAGAGAUGAUUCUUUUCUGUUUACCAGUCAACAGAGGCGGAUUAUGAGAGUGUUCCUGUUGAGGCUUAUGGACUCGCUAUGCUUAAAGGGAUGGGCUGGAACAAAGAGGAAGGCAUCGGACGCACCUUUAAACAGUAAGUGACAAACUUACUCUCACCAUAUCUCACUGGACUGUGUUGAUUAUUUACAGCUGAAGUAAUGAAUAAGACUACCGAUCAAAUAACAGACAGUGAAUUUGAUUAUUAUGAAAAAAACUUAGUCUUUUAAAACAUUUUCAGGUCAAACAUAAAAACUGUGAGGCCUUUUCUUAGUUUUUAUUAUUGCAAAUUCAACUGUCUGGUCGUUUUGACUGUUCGUUGUACUAAACAAGAAACAAGAAAAUGAGUUAUUGGUAAUUUUUCUUUGCAAAUAUACAAUCCAAAUAAAAUUGUACCGAGGGAUGUAUACAGUUUUUGAAUCAUAGCUUUGAAUUUUUCAGUUUGAGGACAUUUAAAUGUUUGUAUUCUGAGCAGAAAAUGUUAUUCUGAGACAUCCUGGUAUAAUCUGAUGGACAAUGUAGGCUGCUGGGGUUUUGGUUCGCUCUUAUCUGUGACUCGCUUCAAUGAUCGGUCCGAUUUGAGUGUUAACAAAAAAUGAUUAAUUGUUCAAAAAGGAAAAGAAAACGUGCUGAUCUGGGUCCAAUACUUUUGCCUUCAACUGAAAAUGUGAUAUGAUGAAAUAGGGUUAAAACAGGAUGAAUAAAAAACAGUGAGAAAUGGUCAAAACGUUCAACAGAAAAUUAUCAGUGCUAUCAAAACUCAUGUCUGACUAUACCUGAGAGUUUUUAAGUAACCCGCCAAACAUCCCUAAACCACACCCCUUAGUGACGAUCCCGGAAGUGACGUACCUACAGAAAUAAAACUUUAAAUAAAUUUAUUUUGGCUCCUACAGACAACUUUUGUAAAAGCACAGGUGAAGGACCUUGUCAGCCUAGGUGUCUGAGCACAGAGCAUAUAGAGGCUUUAGUCCUCGUCACAGUAGUCGCUGGUUCAACUCUGCAGCAUGUCCUCCCUGCUCUGUUUUUCCUAUAUAUCCUGGUCAUCUUCAGCUUUCCUCUGUAACAAAGGCAAUAAAAUACCCAAAUAUAUCUAUGAAAUUGUCUCCUGAGAAGAUCUAGUUCACAAGAUGAGUCAUAUUUUGACGUCCUAUAACCGCCUUUGUAUCCUGCACAUCUCUUUUUUAUUUCAUAUCUCCAUCAGACACGUGAAGCCGAUUGAACACGAGCUCCGUCCUAAAGGUUUGGGUCUUGGCGCUGAUCGAUCGGCGAUAAAGGACCUGGAGCCUGGUAAGCAACAGCGUCCACCCAAGCCCGGCGAGGAGCGAGGGAAAGAGGAGGAGCUUGUGAUGGGUCCGGGUGGCUGCGUGCAGGUGACAUCAGGGGCGCACAAAGAUCUGUACGGCAAGGUAGAGCUGAUCUGAAAUCCCGACACGUGUUAUAGCGCUGCUGCCUGUUUGGUUCCUCUCUGUUUUACCGGUGUUGUCUUUCAUUUCUGUCACAGAUUGAAGGUGUCGAUCCAGACAACGCUCGGGUCAUGGUGAAGCUGGCUAUCGGCAGCAAGACGGUGACGGUCAGCCAGUACGCUGUGAAACUGGUUGGGCGCAAAGAAUACGACAAAUACAGCAAAGACCUGAGUGAGUAUCUCCGAAGAAAUGAAUUAGAAAAGGUUAAUAUUUACAGAAACAGAUCUGGAUACUAAUGAAUGUAGAGUUUCUGUUCCUGCUGACUAAACAGGAUGAUUUUCACAUCGAUCUCUGUUUUCAAAUUACAUGUAAAACAGUCUUGUAUUGAUUAAAGUCUCAUGGUGACAGUCUAAGGAGUUUCAGGUUAUUUGUGGCUCUCUUUACUUCGGAGUUGUCAGAUUAGAUUUAUUAUGUCGAAGUUCCAGGUAAAGGAACACAUUUGAAUAAGUCUAGUUUGGCAUUCUCAUUUUGCCCUGACCUUUUAUAUACAAUAAUCAAUUAUCAGAUUAAUAAACAGCUUCUCCUGAAGUCUGGCAUUUCAGCAGUCACGUGGGAAAAAAAACAGGACGUAGACUCAUCUUUUAAUAUCAGUAAUCUGAGCUGCUGAGGUCCUAAUACUGUAGGUGUUUUGCACAUUUUAUUAAAUGCUGUGCUAUUAUUUUGCAUUCACCAGGUCGUCUGAGUAAAGCCCACAAAGACAAGGAGAGAGAGAAAGAGAAGGAGAGAGAACGAGAGAAGGAUCAUCAGAGACGGGAGGAGAAGGAGAGGAGAACCAACGGCAGCGAGGUGAAACACAGAUCUUCAGAAAGAGAGAGCGGGAAAGAUGAGAGGAAGAGGAAACACAGAGAAUCCAGUCAAGACAGGUACGAUCCCAGGAAGUGAUAACACAACAAAGACUUCUUAUUAUUCUUAGAGUCCAGUAUUUGAGUAAACAUCCUGGUUAUUUGUUCUGUUUCUGCCACAGAGAAAAACCUCCAGUGAAAGAGGCGAGGCGACCACCAGCUCCCCCCUCCUGGCUGCAGAGAGACUUAAAAGUUCGUUUUAUAGACAAAGCUUUCAAAGGAGGCAGAUAUUACAAUUCUAAGGUAACUAUUCUCUCCCUAAAUACAAAUCAAUGUAAAAGCUUCCUCUAUCUUCAUGAUUAUACUCCACUCAUUUUUAAUCCCCUUACUUUAGUAAAUACACUUCAUUGGAUUAACGAUAAAUCUGUUUAUUAUUUUGGAUUAAUUAUAAUGGACUGAAAUCGGAGCAGACAAGCACACAGUAGAAACUGUAGAGUACAGCAGCCUCUGUGUGAGAAAUGUCACAGCUGUUAAGUUCAGUCUUGUUUUCUUCUAGAUGCGCGUGGAGGACGUCCUGACACCGACAACAUGUGUGUGUCGAACUGAAGAGGGAAGACUGCUAGACGGUGAGUCAUCAGUGUCAUCUCAGUCCCUCUCGGUGUUGUUUUUUUUCUCUCUCUGGUGUUUUUCACUCCUAAUGACAGUUGUAGAAAAAACUGUUCACAAUAUGUGUUGAAACUGCGCCUGUGAACUGAGAUAACAUCUUACCUACCAAGGUGGUAAAGCCUUGAGGCCUGGUAGCUAUGGUGACGCUCUCACUCCUGAGUUGGGUCUGUUUUGUUUUGUGUUGUGUAGCUUAGUUCAAAUUGUCAAAGGAGUACAGAGGUGUUGUUUUGUUUUUUUUUUUUGUUUUUUUGCACGAAUAAAAGAAAUUUACAGCUGAGCAAAAAAUGUUUAUCAAAAUCAUUUUUCUUUGAUGCAGCUAAUGAAUGAUUUUAUUUUUAAAGCUCCCGUGAGGAGCUUUGUCAAGUUUGGCGCCCCCUGUGGACAAAACUUCACUUGUAUUAAAAUUGUAUGAAGUUGAUCUUCCAAUUUUGUAUUUUUAUCAUUAAAAUCAAAUCACCAAAAUCAGCACAUGGAUGAAUUCGUGUAAUUUUAUUAUGUAUCGAUGUACACUUGUGAAAAAGUAACUUUUUCACUUGCUCAGCUGAUGUUUCUGUCUCUUUUAUAGAUGUGAAACAGGACAUGCUGGAAACCAUUGUCCCCAAGAGUGAAAAUGACUCCAUAAUGGUUGUACUGGGCGAGCACAGAGGCCAGGUAAGCAGCCUAUCAUCUCACUUCGAGCACAGACCUGGGCAUUUUACAACCCAGGGCCACAUCUCGCCCUUUGGAUGUCCGUCAAUCAAAUCAUCAACAUGCUAUACAAGUGUAUUGCUUUUAUUUUGAAAACCUAGCUGUUGUUUUAUUUCCAUGUGGACGCACGUGUGUACAUCCUAGAUCUGCAUUCGUGAACAGAGACGAGUUUAAACAUCGGCAAAAUAUUCGUAGACGCCUUAUAAUUGCUAAGUCCGCUUAUUAUAAAAGACUUUAAGCUUCUUUCUCUCGUAGUCGCUUAUUUGGGCUUGCUUUUCUGUAUGAAGUUAUGGUUGGUUUGGCCCUCCAACACAGUUCAGGUUUCUCACAUUGCCCCAUGUACAAAUUAAUUUCCCACCCCUGCUCUAGGGUGUUGAUACUUGUUUGGAUUGUUUCUAACCAGAGUUCUUACACUUGUCGGUUCAGGUCGGCCGGAUCCUCCAGCGGGACAAGAACAAGUGCAGAGCGAUGGUGCAGCUGGACCGAUACGAGGAGAAAGUGUUCACUCUGGACUAUGACUGCAUUUGUCACUAUGUGGGAGAAUAAAACCGCCGAUUCACAUUUUUACCACCUUUAGUUCAUUUUUGUAAAUCCCUUUCUGACACUUUCCUUUGUAAUAUCCAGGAAUAAUGGAUUUUAAGACAAUGUAAUUUUGUAAUAAAACACUGUAAAUAACUGUAUUUGUAUCUCAUGCUGUUACACUUAUUAUCACAUUAUAAAGAGAAACUGAGCCAGUUUGAGAAGAAUCUUUGAAUUUAUUAGCAAAUGAUAGCUGUUCAUGGCCCUAUAACAACACAAACUCCAUUUUUAAUAUCAUAUAAAAACAUAUUUACACCUGUCCUACAUGUUUAAACAGAGUAAUGAAUGCACCGGUGGUAUAAAUCACUGUUUACAGUCUCUGUGAAAAACAAACAGAAUGAAAAAUUAAGAGAGGUGACAUCCUGUAAAUGAGAAAUCAACAAAACAAAACUGUACAGCCGUGAUGUUGUUGGUUGUUUCUGUGUAGCUCCGCCUACUCCUUGGGUAUUUGAUUUGCUGCGUUAGCCCGAAGCACGGCGCCCGGGCUCGGGUACGGUCGCUGCUGAAAGAGAGGCCCUGCCGCUGUGGUAUCUGCGCCCGUCUUUGCUUCAUUACGCUUGGGCAGACCGCUUGACCAUGUGCCCCUGAGAAGAUGAACAAGUUUGUGUAAAUAAAUGUUUUGGUUUUGUAUCCUCAAA